UUCAUAACUACCCAGUAAACCCAAUGAACGUGGGAAAGUAACGCGGGAGGGUGUUCGCGCGGGGUGCGCAAGUAUAUGGAGCAGGAGCGACCGCCCGGCGGGCACAUCAGGAUACCUUGGAUCAAUACAUCCAAGAGAGAACGAGACCGGUGGCGGUGUAAGGAGCGCGACAAGGACCAAGCUAGAAACGAGCAAGGUAAACCCGACAAACGACAACGACGUGUCCUGGAACACGGGGAUACGGCCGCUCGUCUUCGUGAUUUUCGGGAACACGUGCCUGAGGUCGUGAUCGGGUGGCGCGAAAAAAAAAAGGGUAGAAAAGGAAGACGGGCCGGUGAUUGUGGCGCAUGCGCCACCCUGUAUAUGCGCCCGUGUGAUGGCAACCGGAACGACGUAGAAGUAUAGAUUGCCGAAGCGAACGCGGCACGGACUCAGUCCUCCAGCGAACUCCGCGUUGAGGACUUGUUGAUCCUGUGAACCUACUCAUCAGGAGAUAGUCGAUCCUGCCCGGCCAAGGUGCAAAGGCGCUUCAAGCAAGUUGAGCCAGGGCGCGCAAAAA